AAAUUAGUCCCAGCAAAUUCAAUUCAGUUUCUCAAAUCUCAUCAUGUUGGCUUUAUCUCCUCCUCUAUUUUCAACAAUUGGAUGGCCCUUGGAGGAUCAUCCCAUAAGUCAUGACCAUAACUAUUUCUCAGCAGAAUCAUCGCUUCUUCAUUUCCCUACAACUCUGCAGCCACAGUUUGAUAAGCUUGAUCACUCCACGCCAUCCACCGCAAUCAGCGGCGAGGGCAACAGUUCUUCAAUGACUAAGAAGCUUAACCACAAUGCUAGUGAGCGUGACCGCCGCAAGAAGAUCAACAACUUGUACUCAUCACUGCGUUCUCUCGUUCCCGCAGAUCAUGCGAAAAAAUUAAGCAUUCCAGCCACAGUUUCGCGGGUGCUGAAAUACAUUCCAGAGCUCCAGCAGCAAGUGGACGGACUAAUUCAAAAAAGAGACGAGCUUUUGUCGAAAAUUUCUAAGCAAGAAAAUGUAAUAUUACAAGAGGAAAAGCAAGUAAAAAGCACAGCUCGGAGGAGUAGGAGCUCAUUAUCUGCUGUUUCAACAACCCGUCUUAGUGAUAGUGAAGUUGCCAUUCAAAUAUCCACACUUGAUUCCACCCACAAUUUCAUAUCUCGGAUUUUGCAAAGUCUGGAGGAGGAUGGGCUUGAAAUACUGAAUGCUUCUUCUUUUGAGUCCUCUGGAGGGAGGGUCUUCUAUAAUUUACAUCUCCAGGUAGAUAUGUUCCAUAGGUUGGAAUGUGAGAAUUUAAGCGAGAAGCUCAUGUCCUUCUACGCAUAAGAAAAAGUAAUUCCAGAGGACUUUUUGAUGAAUUAAUGUGUUACCAGCUGUUGUAAGACAGCCUUCAUUCAAGGUUGUACUAUCAUGUCAAAUUAUCUAUUUAAGUAUAGAUCAUGACAAAUCCUACCACAUACCACAUAGGUGUUUCGUCCAUCCACAUUGAAGUGAAAAAGCACUUUAUGCCUAAGUUCAUCUUCAACAAUACCAACCAUUAGCCAUGGCAUGAAUUCCGGGAGAGAAUUUAUGACCUAUUACGCUAUCCUAGGAAGAAGAGGAUGAAGUUUAGUAAUAAGUCGAGUUUGGAAGUAAUGUAUUUGUGUAUCAUGUGAAGUGGCACAAUGUAGAUAAAGGCAACUAAUUAGUCUUUCCUCUUUCAAA